AUGUCCAACAGCUCUUUAUCCCGUAGAAAGACAUCAGUGCAACUCCCUGUUCCCUUUUCAAACGACACCGAAUUAGAUGAGGAAUUUGGCACCUCCGACAUUUCUAUGGCAACAACACCUAAAGAACUCUAUGUUGCUGACAAUCUGGAGAUAUCCGGCACCAAAUCUACAUCUGGACCUUUGCCUAAUGUUCCAAAAACUUAUCAGAAUGAUCAACCUUCUUACUGUACUCCUGGCGAGACAGGAUGGACAGAUCUUCCGAAGCUGGCUCUUUGUUGGCCAGUGAUCCACAUUUUACAGCGCAUGCCUCAUUAA